UAAGAGGAAAACAAAACCAAAUGAAACCAAAACAAAACAAAAAUAAAAUUUAGAAAGCAAAAACACAAACCAAAAUAUUAAUUAAAAAAAGAUAAAUUUAUUACACAAGUGAGACCGUGGGAGGGAGACCAACAAAGAGGAGAGAGAAAGUGGAAGAGAGAGAAAGAAAAGAAAGUAGUACUAGCAGCGAUCGAGGGUUGCAAACAAAAUCUAAUUCCCUCUUUCUCACAAAAUCAGCUCAAAGAAAAAUUAAAAAAAAAAUAACAAAAAAAAAACACACAAAACCCAGAAAAAUACAGAAAAAAAAUAAGCAAAUGCACUUGCGAGAGGAGAGAGAAAAUUAUUAGCUGGGUUUUCUCCAAAUUGUGCUGACAAUUCGAAGAAGCUGAAGAAAAAAGAUUUCAUCUUUUUUUUUUCCAUUUUUUUCACUCAACUUUCAAGCUGCGUACUUGCGGAAAAUAAGGUCAGAAAUUGAUCAGAAAAGGGUAAAUUUUAAUCAUAGUUUGGUAAUAUAGUUUGUUUCCCAUUUUUCCCUCUUUUUGUUGAAUUAUUUUGUUGUGAAAGUUGGGAUUUUUAUUUGUGAAAAGGGGGAAAUCAGGGUAGUUUUUGAUCUUAAAUGUUGAAGUUAAAGUUUGCGAUCCCAGUUGAAAAAAGGGAAAUUGAAGGUUACCCAGUUGGUGAAUUUUGAAUUGGAAAUGUGGGAUAUUGAGCAACGGUACAGUUACGCGCUAUACAGUUUUUACCGUUUGAAGUCGAGGCGUCGUAAGCUUUGUUGCUUAUUUUGGUGAUUUUGAACUUAGGGUUUUGUAAUAUUUUGCAGAUUUGAAUUGUAUGUGAGUUGAUUUUAAGGUUUGGGUAGUUGUGGGAGCAAGUUAGAUCUCUAGUAGGGUGUGUCAUUUUUGAAAUUUAGGGUUUUGAGUGUGGGGUUAGUUAUUAUUAUGUGUUUUAAGUGUUGGCAUUUGGGUAAUUUGAGUAAGUUGAAUUGGGUGAGUUUGGGUUUGUGAAGUUGAAUGUUGCUGAGAUUUGAAUUGGGGUGUUGCUAGUUGUUGGAUUUUGUUGUAUGAGUUUGUGGGGGUGACUGUGAAGAAAAAUGCAACCGGAAAAGAGUUCGCGAAUGGAUAUUGGUGAGCUCAAGGCUCAGUUAUUCAAGAAGGUUGGGCCAGAACGGUUUAAGAGGUACUUCUAUUGUUUGAACAGGUUUAUAAAUCAGAAGUUAAGUAAGGGUGAGUUUGACAAGUCAUGUUAUCGGAUACUUGGGAGGGAAAACCUCCCUUUGCAUAAUCAGAUAAUAAGGGCCAUUUUGAAGAAUGCUUGCAGUGCCAAGACCCCGCCUGCGUCAGUUCAUGAAGCGGGUCCCGCAAAGCCUGUUAUACCAACUGGAAAGGGCUUGCCUGUGUUAGAGGAUGGGCAUGGUUCAGCUGCAGCUGUGGUCCAGAAUCAAAGUUCAGUGGCCCCUAUUUGGUCGAAUGGGGCCGUUUUACCUGUGUCACCACGAAAGGUGAGGUCUGGGAUCCGUGAUAGGAGGCUCAGAGAUAGGCCAAGUCCUCUUGGGCCGAAUGGGAAGGCAGACUCGGCUUCACAUCAGUCAACUGCAACAGAUGAUAGUGGGGCGAAGAUUCUAGAAAAUGGGGAUUUGAUGGAUAUGACUCCUUGCGAUUACCAGCGCCUACAGCCACUGCGAGGGCUUGCUGAGCAACCAGAGAAUGAAGAGAGACUUAUGGUAAAGAAAUCUGUUGAUGUUCUAGGUGUUGUUCGAGGUAAAGACCAUAGUAAUUUAGCUGUUGUUGAAGAUGGGGAAGAGGUGGAACAAGACAGCCGGGUCAAAGUCUCUAAAAGUCCUCUACUUGCUCCUCUUGGAAUUCCGUUUUGCUCAGCUAGUACUGGUGGAACCCGCAAAUCAUUACCUGUGGCACACAUUGGUGAUUAUGUUAGUUGUUUUGAUAUUGCCGGACUGUCUGACAGUGAGAUGCUAAGGAGGCGAAUGGAGCAGAUUGCAGCUGCACAGGGUCUUGGAGGGGUUACCAUGGAAUGUGCUAAUACCUUAAAUAACAUGUUGGAUGUAUACUUGAAGAAAUUAAUCAGGUCUUGUUUAGAGUUGGUUGGUGCUAGAUCUACAAGUGACUCGUCAAUGUAUGCUGUUCAGAAGCAGCAAAUUCAUGGCAAGCUUAUCAACGGUCUUUGGCCUAGUAAUCAUUCACAUAUGCAAAGUGGUGGUCCUCCUUUAGAAGAACAAAGGGGUCAUCAUAAUGUUUCUUUGCUUGAUUUCAAGGUCGCAAUGGAGCUUAACCCUCAACAACUUGGAGAAGAUUGGCCUUUGCUGUUGGAGAAAAUAUCCAUGCAGGCAUUUGAAGAAUAAGAUCUAUGAAGAAUAUUUGGAUUUGCCUUUUGAUCCUGACGGGUUUGUCAUUUUGGCUUGAAGAACAUGUCAAAUAUGAUAUGCUGUUCUGAAUGGUGUCAAUGGCAGUUUAAAUCUCGCCUCUGCCUCAAGCCAGAUGAUUCCUACCCAUAGAUGCAGCUCGACCUUCACAAGAUCAAAUGUGGGUUUUUGAGCACGAUGUCUGUACAGCUCCUUUUGCAGAGUUUGUACAUGAUCAGGAAUUUAUUUACUGGCCACCAGUGAACGGGUUCUCGAGGAAUUCCCGGUGGUGGUUGCUCUGUUGUAUGUUUAGCAUUCUUGUUGGCUGUCUUCUGCCUGAGUCAUGUAAUUUACUGCCAAGAGGAGGAAACAUGGAAAAGUUUUGCAGGAAUACUGUUGUUUAGCUUGGUAAAGGUAAUAUUCACAUAAUGUAAGAGCUGCAAUGUUGCUCUACAUGUGUUUUUAGAUUAAAGUGGAAUUCCAACAUCAAUAACACAUUAACUUCUUAACA